UGACAAACAAAAGAAUCGCCCAACGAAUCCCGUCCUCUAGCUCUAGUAGUCCGCGCACUGACGAGUGCAUUCAGAAAAAAUCAUGGCUGCUUCCGCCAAAAAAGGGAAGAAAUCCAAAGGAAAGGUCCUGUCAUUGAAUGAGUUCCUCUCUGACGACCAUGGAGGUUCCAGGUCUGGAGAAGCUGUCGUCAUGGCACCCUCCAAAACCAGUUGGGCUGAUGAAAUGGAAGAUGAGGCGAUUUACAAGGAGAAGCUGUUGUUGCCCACAGCACCACGGGCAGCCAGGGGAUCAGACAUUGAUGAAUCUAGGAUACCCAACAAUGCACCUUACACAGCUUAUAUAGCCAAUCUACCUUAUGAUAUUGAAGUAGAGGAUGUAUCCAAGUUCUUCCAUGGGCUUUCGGUGAAAUCUGUCCGUCUGCCAAGAGAAGGUGGUGAUGGUGGCAGACUGAGAGGCUUUGGUUAUGCUGAAUUUGAAACUAGGCAAGAUUUAGUUGACGCCCUUACGAUGAACGAAUUGAUGAUUAAGAACCGCAAAAUCCGAGUGGACAUUGCUAGCGGCGCAGAUGGUGAUCAAGAACAGGGCGCUGGCGGUAUGGGGCGAGGUCGUGGCCGUCCUGCUCGCAAUGACGAGGAAAGGGAAGAUCGUACCCCUUCCGAUUGGCGUAAUGCACCAAGGGAGGGUCCUCCUCCAGGCCAGGAUCGCGGUGGUGGUGGUGGAUUCAGGGGUGGUGACAGAGGAGGAGACAGGAUGGAACGAGAACCUGCUGGCGAACGGUACUCUGCUUCAUUCAAUCCAAGGGAUCGCCCACCCGGCUCAGCUCUUUCGUCCGAGAGAAGUUCUUUUGGUCCUAGGAGAGACGGUCCUUCUAGUUCGUUCGGUGGCGGCCGAGACGGUCCUCCAAGCUCAGGUUUUGGUGGUCGCGAUCGCGAUGGUCCUUCAUCUUUUGGUGGACGUGACCGAGAAGGCUCGUCGUCGUUUGGAGGACGAGAUAGAGAAGGUGGCUCAUCUUUUGGUGGACGUGAUAGAGACGGUCCGUCUUCAUUCAGUCGCGGACGUGACGGCCCUUCUUCGUUUGGUCGAGACAGAGAAGGUGGCUCGUCGUUUGGACGUGACCGAGACGGUCCCUCCUCUUUUGGACGUGAGCGAGAUGGUCCCUCGUCGUUCAACCGUGACGAAAUGCAGCGAAGUGAACGUCCAAGCGCUGCUGGAGAACCGACCAAGGAAAGACCAAAGUUAUCUCUGAAACCCCGAUCUGUCCCAAUCGAAGAGGGUUCCGUUGCCGAUGAACCAGCUGCUGCUGCUGCUGCUCCCAUAAUUGAACGGCCAGCUGCUGCUGCUGCCGCCACAGCUCCAGCGGCUCCGCCCAGCUCUGCAUCCAUUUUCGGUGCAGCCAGGCCGGUGGAUACUGCGGCACGUGAACGCGCCAUUGAAGAACGGCUCAAGGAGAAACAGAUGAAAGAGCGGGAACCGCCUCUCCGUGGACGUGAAACUGAUCGCCAAGAUGAUAGAAAUCAACGCGAUAAUUCCCAUGGCAGUGGUGGCCGUUCCUCUGAACGUCCCAGCGGAGGGCGCGGGCGCUCUAGCGAGGGAGAGAAGACGGACGAUCGACGAGACUAUCGUAAUGACGAUCAAGACAAUCGGCGUCCAGCACGUGAUGGUCCUGGCUACUCUGGAGAUUCACGACAGGCGCCCAAAGAUGGAGACUAUCGGCCGCCUCAAAGGUCGACCGCCAAUCCCAAUGAAUACCGUCCGCCAGUGGGUGGUAGGGGGAGCAGCGGCGGAGGAAAUGAAUAUCGUCCUCCCCGACCCAGUGGUGGAGCUGAUCGUCGUGACGGAGAUCGCCGUGAUGGAGAUCGUCGUGACGGAGAUCGCGAUUACAGAGGACCUGCUCCCGCCAGAGAUGGCGACUAUCGUCCACCUCGAGGCGAUGAGUCCCGAAAAGAGAAUGGAUUAUCUCGUGGCGGAGGUGGUGGCGGAGGAGCUGGAAUUUACCGCGCUCCCUCUCGUGGAACUGGACCCAGCAAUGAAAGGACGCGCAGUCGUGACGAUCACAACGGAGACAGACGUCCAGCGGCGCCUGCUUCUUCUGCAUCCAGCGCGGAUGAAGCGACACGAGUUCGAAGAUUGGAAGAGCCCAAAGCGCCCGUAUUUGAGAAUAGCAACAAGUUUGCCUUCCUACUGGCCGAGGAUGAAGGUGCCGAUGAAUCAGACAGCCGAGAUGAACAGUAAAGGGAGAUGAAGCAAGGAAACCAAUUUGAAUGACUACAACAACAACAACAACGCGACACAACUAGAAAUACCGACGCAAUUUUUAACACUAUUUUUGUAAUUCUUCUUAAAAUCUCCCCCAACAUCCCCCUGCCACCACAUCCCCCCCCCCCACUCCCCCUCUAUUCUCUCAGACAAGACUCUUCUCUCUUCCGUCACUCACAUGCAGGUCGAUUUCUUCAUUAUUUUCUUGGAACACAAUUUUUCGUGUGCGCUUUCCAUUUGGUAGGAAGGAAAUGGGGAAGUAACAAAUUUUUUGAUGAAACAAAAUGGAAUCUUUUUUAUAUUUUCACUGGAUGGAGCAGAAAAGGCUAUUGGCGAGUUACAAAGAGAGAAACAGAAGUAGAUCAUGCAAAUCAAUUUUUUCGUAAGGGGGGAGAGGAGGAAUUUCUAUAUUUUUUUCUUUUCCUUUUUGUGUGUUGUUGACAUUUUGCUCGAAAAAAAAAGAGGAAAAAGGGUCGUGUGAAAACGGUGAGUUGAGUUGUUUGUUUGUAUGUUUUCUAAAAAAUGAAGCGAAUGAAGAAGACACUAAAAAAAGGAGAGAAAAUUUUUUUGUUCAGUGUGAAAAAAAAAGAAAAACAAACAAGAAAAAAAAAGAUACGAACUACUGUUGACGACGUGUUUCGAGAUAAAAUACAAAACACCAGCCAUUCGAAUGA